AUGCGUACUGCUACUAUUCCAGAGCGAAUUUUGAACUAUUUUGAAUCUUGCCUUCCUUCGUGGUUCCGAAAAAUUCGAUCGGCGGAUGCGCUCGAAGGCAAUCAGAUAAUCGAAGAGACGAAUGAGAUUGGCGAUCCGCCCGACGAGAUUCCGCAAAUACCGCCAGAUGAUCCCCUAACACGAGACAAUAAUUAUAAUAAUAGUCGAAGUUCGACGACAUCGACGACGACGACAACUAGAACGACGACAUCGACCACAGAUAGUAAUGAGAUCAGCGAGCCUGUCGCCGAGCAGAUUGGCGAAACACUUGCCGAUUAUGGGUAUGAGUAUGAUGAUGAGGAGAAAAAUGAGCAAGAGGAGAGCACCGAGUCGAUAAAGUAUAAUGAAGAAGCCGGCGAAGAAAUCACGACGACAUUGACACCGGAAGUCAAGAAGGAGAUUGAGAAGUUGAAGAAUAGCAAAUGUAAAGAUUAUUGCCAUCACAAUGCCACGUGUCAUGUUGAAGUGAUAUUCCGCGAUGAUUCGGUGUCGGCUGUCGUCCCAUCUUGCCAUUGUCCAGUCGGCUGGGAAGGCGCUCGCUGCGACAAACAGUACGUACAGGCGUUCUACGCGCCUGUCGAAGGCAAAUAUAACGUACGUUUUGUAGUGGUUAUGCCGACGAGUGCGUCGCCUCUAAUUCAAAAAACGACAGCCUCUGCGAUUCCGGCCAUCACUUUUCUCAUUAUUAUGCUCGCAAUGUUCAUUGGAAUUGUGGUGUACGCUUAUAGAAGAAUGUCCCGACGAAUUGACGAAACCACUUAUACGAUGAGUCAUAUGUGCCCACCAGAAGCGUUUACUGUGCUAAAAACGCCGAAUGGUCGAAAGAUUCCGAUUCAGGAGGCGAUGUCGUGUCCGCAGCGAAUUCCGAUGCGCGCCGCUGCCGUCCGACACACCGACUCGGUGCCGGGCAGCAAUUUCUUCACGAUUCUCCGCAAUCAGGGCACGAUUCCGUCGCGCAACAUUAAUGACGAUGACACGCCGAAGCAUUACAAAUCGGUGCCGCGCGUCGAGGUGUCGGCGAUCAACUACUCGGGACACAUCGAUUUCUCCAAUAUUUGCUAUCAAGUUGAUGAAAAUCCGAGUCAACCGCACGAAACCAUGCCCCCACAUAUAUCAAUACAAAUUGACGAUCCGGAAAUUCGCUCAAAUUCGCGAGCUCACGGCGAACCGUCGACGCCGACAUCAAGUGAGCCGAUAUUGCCACCUAACCCCCCAUGA